AUGCAUGCCUGUCGACAACAAUUGAAGCUACUAACAGAAAUCCCUCCUGCGCAAUCCUUGAUUCCGAGCCUCUCACUGCAUCUCUACGGCGGGGUUGAAGGGGUCUCUGUGAACUCUAACGGGCGGUAUCAGCUACCGGCCGUAGCACUGACUGUUUCCCUCGCCUCACUUCAUUUGGAUGACGAUGUCGGAUCGAGGAUCAGGGUCGGAGCAAGUUCCUGA